AGAGCAACAGUUGGCAAGAGCAACACUGCAGUUCGUGUGAGGUGGCAAUAUAAGCAGGAGCUUAUCAUAGUCUAGUAGCACUUGUUGACUCACAAGCAAACUGCAGCCACCAUGAUCUCUCUGCGAACUCUGAUGAUGAUGAUGCUGGUGAUGGCUGCUGUGGGCGUUGCUGUGGCUCACCCACAUCCUUCUGCCAGCCGUAGAUAUGGUAGUGGUGGAUAUGGUGGUGCUGGAUAUGGUGGUGGUGGAUUUGGUAGUGGUGGAUUUGGUAGUGGUGGAUUUGGUAAUGGUGGAUUUGGUGGUAGUGGGUUCAGUGGCAGUGGACUUGGUGGAUUCGGCGGCAGUAGAUACACUAGCGGAUUCGGUGGCAGUGGAUUUGGAAGUGGUGGCUUCGGUGGCAGUGGAUUUGGAAGUGGUGGCUUCGGUGGCAGUGGAUUUGGUGGACUCGGUGCCGGAGGAUUUAGAGGCGGACUCGGUACUGGAGGAUUUGGAGGCGGAUUCGGUAGCAGUAAAUUUGGUGGCGGAUACGGUGGGGGUCGUGGUGGUGGUGGGUGGUGGUAGGUACUACGGCUGGAGAGAAGAGGCUAGAGGUCGUCUGGACGAACAUCUGAACGACAUUUGAUAGUUAGAACGACCACAACAAACGUCGUCCACUAAAACCUUUGCUAAUGGACACCUUGUAAACACCUACACUAAACUUGUUCGUGACCAAUAUUUAUGCCUAAUAAAUAAAUGUAUUAGCAGAUAUAAUAUA